AUGACAAUCACCCUCCGCCCCGCCACCGAGGCCGACGCUCCCUCCAUCGCCCGCAUCGGCGCCGCCGCCUUCGCCAACACCCUCUCCCCGCUCAUCUUCCCGCGCUCACACCUGGCGACCGCAACCAUCACCGAAGCCGACCUGGUCGCCGACGAGAUCACAUGGCGCACAUCCAUGGCCAUCAAGCGGCUGCGCGAGGACAAGCCGUGCGUGUUGGCCGUUGAGGUCGACGAUGCCACCGGCGAGGAGACCGGGGUGCUGGGGUUCGCGCACUGGCAGAAGCCUGGGCCUGAAGAGCCCGAGGUGCUGGGUGUCGAGGUCAGGCCGGCGACGUUUGAUAGGGAUAUGUUUCUCAAGGUGGUGGAGAAGUUUACGAGGAAGGAUGUGGAGGCGUUGGGGGAGAGGGGGCAUGAGGAUUAUUGGUAUGCCAUCUUGAUCGGCGUUGAUCCCAAGCAGCACAGGAGGGGAAUCGGCAAGAAGUUGGUCAACUGGGGUCUGGAGCUUGCGAGGAAGGAGGGAAGAGAUGCGUACUUGACUGCUACCGAGGCCGGAAAGCCACUUUAUAAGGUUUGCGGGUUUGAGGAGCUGGAGACAUAUGAUUGCUAUGGUCAGCCGCUGACGAGCAUGGUUUGGAGGUUGGAGAAGAACAAGCAGUGA